AUGAGAUUCUUUGCUUUGUUUUUGCUAGUCACGCUGUUUUGUAGUGCUGUAAAUACUGCUGGCGAUGAUACUUUAGAAUGUAGCCGCUUUGUAAUUGAUGCAGUAAUACUGCAGCUUUUCGAAUUUUUGAGGCAGUUAAUAAAAUUAGGCAGUAUCAUUAAUAAUAUAACCGUUCUUGAUCCGCUCGUAGUUAAACGUCAAGAAAUAGAUUUGGAGUAUACAAAAUUUCGGAUAAAUGCAGAAAUAUUGAAUUUUACACUUGCUGGAUUAGGAAAUUUUGAAUUAUUAGGCGCGAAGUUUAAUAAGGACGAUGUUUCUCUGGAUCUGACCUUGAGAUUUCCCUCCUUAACCAUACUAUCUGAACACUAUGAAAUGAGUGGAAAUAUAUUCGAAAUAUUGCCUUUGAGUGGAAAUGGAUUGCUAAACAUUGAAGCACAUGAUUUAAAAUUCUGGAGCAAAGUAUAUUUAAAACAAUCAGAAGACGGUAGAUCCAUACUAAUAGACAAAUUUUUGGACACGCAUUUUGAGAUCGAUAAGAUCGUGUCACGUACUCAAUAUGACGGAAACAUAGACGACAUUUUAAAUGCCAUGAUUGGAGACUUGCUACCUAAGUACCUCUCAAGAUUUAGUAGACUCAUUGCCGCACAGUAUAUGGAACGUAUAACGGAAUUUCUAAAUCAGUACUUUAAUCAUUUUGAAUCUUGGAGAUUUAUUGCUGCUAUCCUUUGA